UGUUUCCAAAUUACUGAGAAAGGGUGAGGUACAUGCUUCACAUAUUUCUCAAAUCAGGUGGGCCAUUUAAAGUAUAAUGUUACACAUCCCUCCAGCUAGAAUCCUCUGAGACGUCACCUGAUCUCCCCUCGUUCUCCAAUCAGCACUCCUGAAGUACUGCUUCUCUUGUAGAACUACUGCAGUCAUCAAGUCCUCGUUCAGGGCAAACAUCUCCAGUGUGCAUUUGUGUGAUUGCCGUUUUCGUGUUUGGACUGGUUUUCUGGAUUUCUGGUUUUCCCCUUUUGUCUUUGCCCUCUGGUUACGGUUGCCAUUCUGUACCUUUUUGCUGAUUGGAUCUGGACCACGCCUGUUUACUGACCACUUGGAUAGCCUCAUCCUUUGGUCUUUACCUGGCCCUUUCUUUCGGUGUCAUUACAUAUAAAAACGCAACAGUGAGAAAACAGCACUGAACAUCUGUAAGAAGCGCAGUCCUCACAGCUCUACAGAAAAACACAGAACCCCCCUGACUUUAAACACAAUGGCUAACAGCAAAGAGGUUGUGCCAGCCACCUCUGUAUGGAGCUCAGGGUUCGUUGAGGAGCUCCUCCCAUCGUCUCAGCAGGUCUGCCUGCUGUACCACAUCUCCUACCUGUGUCUGGCGAAAUUCCCCAAAUUGGAGAGGCUGCUCCGGAUCCGAGCCGUGGAAACCCAACUUCUCUUCGGAUCCUCUGAAGCUGUUCUGCUGAAGUGUGUGGGCACCAGUCAGAACUUGGUUUCGUCACUGUUUCCAAUGCUGAUUCGCGCUGUUGAGAAAAAUAAACCAGUACUGGCUAUAAAGUACCUGGAGAAAGCAAGAACGUGGAUCACUGAAAUUAUCCAUGAUGUGGAAAAGAUGGUGGACAGGUACGACACACACAACAAAGAUGUGGCUACGACUACCAGUGACGUCAUCACCGAAAAAAAAGAGACAGAGAAACAGCUGAGUCAGCUUUCCAAGGAGAUUGAAGUGAUGACAGAGGAGAUUAGAAAGCUUGAAGAGGAGCUGAAUAAAACCACUGAACAGCUCACAGAAACAGAGCAGAAGAUUGAUGCCAAAAACCGUGAGCUACAGGAUGUUGUAAGAGAUGCAGCUGCUAAAAGCAGUGGCUUUAGCAUCUUCGCCUCCAUUGUGCCAGUAAUUGGUCCGAUUGUUAAGUCCAUUUACGAUAGAGCAACCUCUCCUGAAGUGGCUGCAAAAACCAAGGCUCUUGAAGCAGAACUGAAUCAACUCACUGCUGAAAAGAUUUCACUGAAACAAAAAGAGUGGAACGUGCAGGUCCAGACAAUCGACUUGCGGAUGAAGCUGGCCAAAGUACAGAUCGACAAAGGUACCAUCCCUGAACCAACCCACCUUGGAGAAGUCCAGUAUUUUCUGAGUAAAAUCCAGAAGAUUCUUGUUCACCUUAAGGGCUUUUGGGAAAACGUCUACAUGUUGCUGGGCAACAUCAAAGACAAGACCUUUGUUGAUGAAGAUCUCAUUGAAGAACCCGAGUUUAAGGAGGAAUUUGUGAAGUCUAUCCAGGCAGCCUCAAAGGUUUGGGAAGGGUUUGGUCUCUCCUGUGGGAAAGCUGUUCAGAUAUUCAGAGUGCAGUCCAAGGACGCCUACAGUUUCCUGGAGAUCGACCCGUCCUCCCUUUCCGACGACGUGUGGCAGAAGGAAUACGACAGCGUGAAAGAGAAGCUGCAGGAGCUGAAGAUCACUGUUGACCCGCCAUCAACACCAGCCAUCCAAAACUGAUGAUGUCACUUCUUUGGUGCAUUUAUUUCCGAGGCUAUCAGAUGAGCUCGUCAGUUGGGAUUAGUAGUCGGCUCACUGUAAAACUUGCUAUAUAAAAGCACAAAGGAAUCUAAUCACUGCUUUGACUCACUUCUAUAUGCACCUUCUGAGCAUGCUCAGCUUUUAUUGUUUGGGCGGCUUGAUUCUGCAUUUCUUUAACCCCAUUAACGUCAACUGUGUUAAAUCUUGAGUGUUUAUCUGUUCUAAUGAGGACCCACUGAGAGAGACUGUGUCCCGUCGACACUCUCCAGUGUUUAUUAUCGAUAUAUUGAUUCUCUGUGGUUAAAUAUGUAUCCAUUGAUUAGCUAUAUUAUCUAAUGGCAUAACCAUCUAUAAUCUGGUGUGACUUUUAAACUUAGAUGUGCCACGACCAAGUAUGCAGCCCAGUGUUAAACGGGACAAAACCACCACCUGGUAUUUAACAUGCCAAGAAUGGUUUUUAACCCCUUCCCAAAGAACAGCCUGGGAGCUUUGUGUUAAAUCACGAUCAAUGGUUGUGCUAAAAGAAGGGCGCAUGCUCUCUUUGACCAAUGUCCAGAUCAGUUUAUGCAAAUGGAAACAAGCGAACCAUGCCCGAGUCUCUCUGACUUAUGCCUUGUUUCUUUGUUUUACUCUUUACUUUCCUUUCCCUUCUACUGCAGUUCCCUUUGAACAUUUAAUCAAUUAUUUUUGCAUGAUUGGUCCUUUUUCUCUACAGCAUCAAAAAAACCUGUUUUUGUCUGAAGAAUUCUCUGAAUAAAUCUGGCAACGACA